AUGGUUUGCCAAAAAACAUGGCUGGAAUAUCUGGCUGAAAGAAACAUCAGAUUUUUUAAGAGAAAGAAUGAUCUUUUUCAGAAAGCGUGUGAGUUAUCAGUUCUUUGUGGUGCUAAAGUGUGUGUGUUUGGAUUCACCCCUACUGGUAACCCAUUUGCUUUUGGUUCUCCAUCUUACCAUGCUGUAAUUGAUGAGUACCUUGACGAAGGUCAAGAUCUGGAAGGCGAAUUAUCAAGCCAAAAUGUAGAACCUUCUGAAAAUGGGGAAAUCAAAAAGCUCUACACACAACUGAGAUGUGUAACCAAAGAGAUGAAGGCUGAGAAAAAGAAGAUGGAAAAAAUUGACAAAGGUAAUGUUUCCAUUAUCCCUGAUGAUCUUGGUUUUGAGGAACUUCUUAAAGUGAAGGCUUCGUUGAAAAAGCUUCAGGAUGAAAUUAAGGUGGCAUCAUCUUUGCUCCUCCUUGCAAAGAAACCUUAA